UUUCAAAAGCAAACGAAGAAGAUGACUUCACAGAAACAUCACCACCACACAGAGGUGAAAUACAUGGUUUCAACAACCUUAGAUCGGAUCAGUGAUCUUCCGUGGAAUGCAAUGCACAACAUUCUUGGUCGGCUGCCCAUGGAGGAAGCUGUAAAGACUAGCAUCUUAUCAAGGAAAUGGAGAAACAAAUGGCAAUGUUUGUUAGAUCGGAUCAGCGAUCUGCCGUGGAAUGUGAUUGACACAAUCCUUGUUUGUCUGCCCAUCGAGGAAGCUGUAAAGACUAGCAUCUUAUCAAAGAAAUGGAGAAACAAAUGGUGUAGUUUGUCAAUACUUCAUUUCCAGUAUGAUCACCGGUAUGAUCAUUUGCUUGGUACAUCAGAAGAUCGAAUAGUGCUUACUAACAAUUUAGUUAAAAUUGUCGAUCAUGUUCUCUUACUUCAUCAAGGUCAAGUUAGUAGGUUCUUUCUUGAGCUUCCUCAACCUCAUAACAUUGAUCCAUGGAUAAAUUCCUUAUCAAAGAAAGGUCUCACUGAAUUAAUCCUUAUUUUAGCAUACAAGAGGAAUCCUGCCCCUUUGAUCGAGUUAUGUCCUGGUCUCUUCUUAUGCAGCCAACUCAAUAAACUGCAACUCAUUGGUAGUUGGGUAUUUGAACCACCUCUUUCUUUCAGAGGCUUUACUUGUCUCACAUUCCUUUGCUUGUACAAUGUUAUCAUCAGCGAUGGCGAUUUGGACAAGUUGUUCCACAGUUGCCCACUACUUGAAAACUUCCGUUCGAUCCAAUCUUUUGGUUUCACUGCUCUGCGAGUAGUCUCACCAAGACUCAAAAGCUUUAAAUACAGAGAAAUGGGUCAGCCAGGAGUCCAAGAUAAACGCUUGGUUAUAAGCUUUGAAAACAAUCCCAUUUCGCGACCAUAA